AUGGCCGACAGUGAGGGUAGAGCUCACGGGGUGCAGCCCGGGCCGGCAAUUAGUGAUCGCGGUCACCCAAUGCCACGGAGGGCUUCACCUCAAGGGUCCGUUACCCUUCGACACCAUCGAUUGGCCAGAGACGCUUCCAUGAAGCCCGAGACGGGGAGCAAUGCUGUCUCCGGGAGCUCACCGAGGAGGAACUCAUCAGGUGAAAGCCACGUCACGGGUCAAAGUGAUCCUAAGAAAUGGUUUGAUCUUUCCAACAGCAAUGCGCCCGCGGCAUUUGACCAUGCUACCAUGGACGUUGAUCCUCCCUUCUAUCAGAAACAGUCCGACUCAUCCAACGAAGAAAUGCUACCGCCUGCUCGUGAAAGCGCGUACCUUCAUGUUCCGACAGCCCUCCAGUCUCAACACUUCAGCAGGCCUACCAUGGGAGCGCAGAGUAGCAGCGCAGAAGAUUACAGGAGUGUUAUUGAUGACCUGACGAUCGAGAACAAACGGCUCAAGGAUGAAUUGAAAAGAUACAGGCAAUUUGGACCCGAGCUCCUCCGAAAAGACAGGCUUUUUGAAAUAAAAGUGCACGGUUUGGCAGGGAGUAAGAGGAGAGAACUCGAAUCAACGUUGCGUGAUUUUGCAGCGAGCCUAGAGGGAUCACCAGCGACAUCGACGCAGCGAAAGAAGGGUUCGAAGCAUGCAAGCCGACUCCAGGGAUCAAGUUCAAAUUCCAAGCACGCGUCUUCGUCGUCGUCACAUUCGCGCCCCGUCGAUUCCGCCUACGCGUCAAUGUCGACUGGACGCAGCUCGACUGGGGCGAACGGCGCCUCCGCCUCGCUCGGCAGGCCGUCGUUCGGUCGAACGAAAUCGUCUACCGAUCACAAAGUGGAGAGCUACCUUCAAGACAUCCCGGAAGGCUUGUUUCCACGGCCGGUUGCGAUGACAGAUAAAGAGAAAAAGAAGUUGGUAGUGCGUAGGCUCGAGCAGCUUUUCACAGGCAGGAUGCCUGGGAAGCACAGGUUUUCACGCAACAAAUCCUUGCUGUCGGUCCAAGAGCCAAAUCCUAGCGCGGUCGUUGGUCCGCCGCCGCCCCAAGACUCUGAACCUAGGGAAGCUCGCAUCGAACUGCAAGGGAAGAUGACUUCAGCAGAGAACCUAUCAGCUUCGAAUUCCAACGGCGAAAAUGAGACUGGCGGGGCUCGUACGGGCAGUGGAAGUGGUAGUAACGAGCACAGGGGACAGGACACCUCGCCACAGGCCGACGAACUCGCGGAGCAGAGGGCUACAAGACCUCGAGACCUAGAUCCGGAUCGGGUUCAAGUACCAUCAGAGAACAUGCAAUAUAUCCGGCAUCUGGGUGUCACGGCUCCGAAAGACCUUGAAGAGACCAGGUUCAGGCCGCAGGACGUCUCGAUUGAUGCAGAAGGCUGGAUUCAUCUCAAUCUUUUGUGCAAUCUGGCACAGUUGCACAUCCUAAAUGUGACCCCUAGCUAUAUCCGAGCGGCAAUCAGCGAGAGGUCUGCGAAAUUCCAACUCUCCCGUGACGGUCGAAAGAUCCGUUGGCGUGGUGGCGUUGAAGGGACGAAGUUCAGCAGCGACAGCAGCGGAGACAACUCGCAACGGAGUCCCGAGACGGACGUCACAGAUGGCUCGAACGAGGAUGGGCAGAGAAAGAGACAGAGGAAAAGCGAGUCGACUUCAGACCCCUCGAGCCAGGCCAAGCUGGGCCCUCAGAAUUCAACACCCUCAGACGGCUUCCACUACAAGCCUCUCUUUCUACACAACCGUUCUUCAUCUGCGGAGACCUCCAUGGAUGAGACGGGCUCGCAGGCGUCAUACGGGGCUGUGGAGCACAGCAACUUGAACUCUCGGUCGACAGGUUUCGUCAGUGGGUCCGCAUCUUCACCCAGGAAGAAGCGCCGCAACGACGGCGCAAUCAUCUACUACAACGGUGCACCAUUCUGUACCGAUCUCUCGGGUGAUCCGGGAGAUAUAUCGCCUACCACAUACUUGGCGUCCUCGACCCAGGACCAAACUUCGAAGAACAGUGGAGUAGAGUCCCCUGGUCUGACCCGCACCAUCUCCGGCUCAUCUCUCCCGUUCCGACCACUUGUCGAUGGUCCCGAGUACACAGAUGUGGACAUGGAUCAGGAGCCUGAGCUGGUCAAUGACGAUGGAGAGCUGUCAGACAACGAGGCCGACUUCAACUUCCCCUGGUGCAGCGACCCUGGGACGCCCCAACUUAGGCCGCUCGAGCCUCAGCUGGAGCCAUGUGGGCUCGGCGGUGUCACUCCCGAAGAUCACUUCGCCAUACUUGUUGUGACCCAACAGCCCAUCAAGAGUUCGCAGCGCGCCCCGCCUCCCUUGGUCCGCUUAGGGUCAAACGAGACAGCGGAGUCAAUCUGGAGCAGAAUCGCCGCCCUGACAGAAACUUCAUCACACCCGUCACCCCGGCGUCCUGAUCACCCGCCUUGUGUCCCAGUGCAAGUUGUUGCUCAGAGAUACAAGGCGCUCAAGCCGCUGCCUCUGCCUCCGCCCGCAAUGUUUUACCCUCCGUUCACUGAAACCACUGAAUCGGAAGACUCAGGUUUCGAGGAUGGUUCCGAAGAUGAGGACGACGACUCAGACGUCAAUAUGGACAGCUUCGAAGCCAUCUCACAGCGAGUGAACCCAAAACAGUCUGACCAGGAUUUCCUCAUGAGAGGCGCUCCGAGGUCCGACUCCGGCGACGAGGACAUGGGCGGCCUCAACCCGAAGAUUGCGCCCAAGGCAUCGUUCGCUCCUGGUGUCCGCAAGAUGUCUCACGGUUCCAGCAGGCCCGGUCGAAGUCUGAUCCAAGGCCAGGAUGUGCAUCCAGAUAGUUCCGGUGCCACGGCAGGGGGGGAGGCCAGUGGCUACAGCAGCAGUGAGGAGGAUGAAGCUUAG